UUUUUUUGUAACUCCGUGUGUGGGGGAGGGAGGCGAUUGCUUAUCGACUGGAUUUUUAGGUGGUUUUGUCCUUUUAUUCUCUCUCUCUCUUUUUAUAAGAAUGAACUUUACAACAUCAUCGUUUACGUCUAGUGCGACGAGUAGCUGGCUACUCUACAUUUUAACCGAUUCAGCUUUACCCACAGGAGGCUUUGUUUCUUCGUCUGGACUUGAAGCGAGUUACCAAGCGGGACUGAUUGACCAGCAUUCGUUACCGAGGUUUGUUUCCUCGUCAGCGCAUAAUUUCGCAAGCAACACGAAUUGUUUUGUACGCGCAGGUUAUGAAGCGGCUGAUCAGACGGACGUGUUGAGUUAUUUGAAGGAGAGUGAUGAGACGUGCGAUGCGGUGAUGGCUGCCAACGUGGUGGCGAGACGAGCGUCGUUGGCACAGGGUAUUGCCAUGUUGACAUUGUACCUCAAGUGUUUUACAGAUAAUGACGAACAAUCAAAAGAAAAGAUUGAGAUUGUCAAACAAUGGAAGGGUAUGAUACGUGGAGAGAAAGUGGAUGGACAUUUUGCAAUUUGUUAUGGAUUAAUAUGCCGGUAUUUGAAUGUGGAUUUAGAAAAUACCCUUCAUUUAUGGCUGUAUUUGUUUACACGAACGAUAUUUUCAUCUGCGGUUCGAUUGAAUGUGGUGGGACCAUAUGAAGCGCAAAGACUGUUACUGAAUUCACGUCAAUCGAUAGAGGAAAUCAUUCAACGAACAAAAGAGAUGGGCAUGGAAGAUUGUUGUCAGACCAAUCCACUACUUGACGUGUGUCAAGGAAUGCAUGAUAGACUUUAUUCUCGCUUAUUUAACAGCUAGGGCUUUUUCUAUUUUUUCUAUUUUUUCUAAAUACUUCUUCUAUUUUUUCUAACACACUAAUAAAAAAAAAAAAUCUAAACUCUGCAGUUGGUGAAUGCCAUGACCAUAAUAUCGGUAGCACCGACUUCAGAUAAACGAUCCAUGAUAUCGCCCUUUUGCUUCUUUUCAAUCAUGGCAGAGACAGCCACCCAACCUUCAUGAGAGUCCAAUGAAGAGACGGUGGGAGCUUGACGACCGGGUGUGAUGGCA